AUGAGCAUCCUUUUUAAAAUUUUUGCCAGUACCCUGGCAGUGGUAUCUGUUGUCAAUGCGGGGGAGCUUCUCAACUUUGAGAAUGAGAGGGACAUCAUCCGAGGCUCGUAUAUUGUGGUGAUGAAAGAUGGGACCUCAUCGUCGGACUUGAAAUCUCACAUGAAUUGGGCAGCCAACGUCCAUCAUGGAAAUCUAGCAAAGCAAGGUCCAAGCCGCUCCAUCGGAUUCCAAUUCAGCUUUGAUAUUGGUGGUUGGAGAGGUUACAGCGGAAAAUUCGACAAUGAUACAUUAAAUGCGAUUGUCAACAAUGCUCAUGUCAAAUAUGUGGAGCCCGAUCGUAUGGCUAGCGCGACUGUCUUGAAAAUCCAGAAGAACGCUCCAUCUUGGGGACUUGGUAGGAUUUCACAUACAUUCCGUGGCUUUAAAAACUACCUCUAUCAUAGUUCCGCCGGUGAGGGUGUAUUGGCCUAUGUAGUGGAUACUGGCAUUGACAUUAACCAUCCGGAGUUCGAGGGUCGGGCUGAAUGGGGGAUCAAUGUCGUGGACGAAGUGGACACGGACGAGCACGGUCAUGGAACCCAUGUGGCUGGUACUAUCGGCUCCAAGACAUUUGGCGUCGCUAAGAAAGUGAAGCUCGUCGCAGUUAAAGCCUUAGGAAAGGAUUCUAGGGGUCCUGACAGCGGGAUCAUCGCGGCCAUGGACUGGGCUGUGAAGCAUGCGAAGGAGAGGGGCAUCCUUGGUAAAGCCAUCAUGAACCUGAGCUUGACAGGCGACACUGCGACUGCUUUGAACGAAGCCGCGGAAAGAGCUGUUGAAGAGGGUCUCUUUCUUGGAGUGGCCGCGGGGAAUAACAAUCGCGACGCCAUCAACGAGUCACCAGCAUCCGUAGAGACUGUAUGCACGGCCGGUGCCAGUGCCGAGAAUGAUGAAAAGGCCUCCUUCUCCAACUUUGGGUCUCUUCGCACAUCUAUGGCUGCGCCUCACGUCUGUGGUGUCGCUGCUCUUCUCAUGUCUUCUGAAGGUAUCAAGGCGCAGGAGGCCUGCGAUCGCAUCAAAAAGUUGGCACGGCCAGCCAUCAGGAAUCCUGGGAACAGCACCACCAACAAGCUGCUCUACAACAAGAGCGGCUUCUAA